AAGAAAGAAAGAAAAAAUGGUUUCCUGGAAAUCUCAUUCGCUAAAGAUUGCUUACAACUUGUUCGGUUGGAUUGCUUUCUUCUCCUGGUCCUUUAGUUUCUACCCACAAGUUAUCCUGAAUUACAGAAGAAAAGGUGUUGUGGGGCUGAAUUUCGACUUCCUGGUUCUGAAUUUAACCAAGCACUCAUCGUAUCUCAUCUACAACACCUCUCUCUUCUUUAGCCAUGUUGUCCAAAGACAAUACCUAAACAAAUACGGCCAUGGACAGAUGAUUCCUGUUGCUGCAAAUGAUGUUGCUUUCUCAAUCCAUGCUGUUCUGUUGACAGCAAUCACUCUGUUCCAAGUAUUAAUCUAUGAACGCGGAGACCAGAAAGUCUCUAAGACUUGUAUUUUACUAACUUGUGCUGCAUGGUGUUCUGCUGCUAUCUGUUUAUUCAUAGCUCUGCCACACCAUUCUUGGUUUUGGCUCAUCUCUGUCUUCGGUGAAAUUCAAGUGGCUAUGACUCUUAUCAAAUACAUUCCCCAAGCUUAUAUGAACUAUAAGAGAAAGAGCACACAAGGAUGGAGCAUUGGAAACAUCUUACUUGAUUUAUUUGGAGGUCUGAUGAACUAUGCCCAGAUGGCCAUGCAGUCUAUAGACCAAGAUUCUUGGGUUAACUUCUAUGGGAAUAUAGGGAAGACUCUACUGUCCUUGGUAUCUAUCUUCUUCGACCUUCUCUUCAUGUUCCAACAUUAUCUUUUGUAUCCUUCCAAGAAAGAGAAAGUUUCUCCUAAGAUUGCUUUGGAGAACACUUCUCCAAUUCAAUCUUCAGAGAACGUAUGAGGCCAAUGUU